AAAGUGUGAGCUUUAGAACUUCUCUUUUGAUUUUGUAUCUUCACAAUCUCACAAGCAAGCAAACCCUCCUUCUUCAGCUCUUCAACCUCUCUCUCUCUCUCUUUCCAUGGCAGCCUCUCAAGCAAGCCUUCUCCUUCAAAAACAGCUCAAAGAUCUUUGUAAACAUCCUGUUGAUGGCUUUUCCGCUGGUUUGGUUGAUGAAACCAAUAUUUUUGAAUGGAGUGUAACCAUAAUUGGACCACCAGAUACUCUUUACGAGGGAGGAUUUUUCAAUGCCAUUAUGAGCUUUCCGCCCAACUACCCAAACAGUCCACCAUCAGUGAAAUUCACCUCAGAUAUAUGGCAUCCCAAUGUAUAUCCUGAUGGUCGGGUUUGUAUAUCUAUUCUUCAUCCUCCUGGGGAUGACCCAAAUGGUUACGAGCUUGCAAGUGAGCGCUGGACACCUGUUCAUACAGUAGAGAGUAUAGUGUUGAGUAUCAUUUCGAUGCUUUCUGGGCCUAAUGAUGAAUCUCCUGCAAAUGUUGAAGCUGCGAAGGAGUGGAGGGACAGGAGAGAUGAUUUCAAGAAAAAGGUUAGCCGUUGUGUGCGGAAGUCACAGGAAAUGUUGUGAUUCACAGCCGGUGGCUCAUCAUAUGUUGCUUUUGUGAGUGAAGAACAUACACUUAAUGUAAGGAUUGCUUCGCCUGUUACUGUUGGUUGAACUGUCAAGACUUGCUAUCUGAAGUUGGCAUCAUGCUUCUUUCAUCAGUUGCGCGCUGUUGUUUCUUCUCUACGUGUUUUUGGCUAGUGUUUUCGGGACUAGUAGUUUAUUGGAAAUUUAGUUUGUUCAUUUGCAUAACCUUUGCUAAAAAUAUGAUAUUAGGCGCCAAGUUUUGCCUUUUGCUUAUAUAACAGAUUGUGAUAUCAUAUGGGUGUUGCAUCUGAUUUUACCAUUUUACCUUCUUUACAUGUAUAAUAAUUGCCAUUUUUGCUGCA